AUGGAUAAUUACUUGAAAAUUGAAAAAAUUGGUGAAGGUACUUAUGGCGUUGUUUACAAAGGUAAACAUAAAAAGACUGGGGAAAUAGUAGCAAUGAAAAAAAUUCGCCUGGAAAGCGACGAUGAAGGAAUUCCAUCAACAGCAAUUAGAGAAAUAUCAUUGUUGAAAGAAUUAAAACACCCAAAUAUUGUUGGUUUGCUCGAUGUACUUAUGGAAGAAUCCAGACUUUAUCUCAUUUUCGAAUACCUUACAAUGGACUUGAAGAAAUAUAUGGAUACUUUAGGAAGUGGAAAGCUCAUGGAUCCUGUCAUGGUCAAAUCUUAUCUUCACCAGAUCACAACAGCAAUAUUAUUUUGUCAUACUCGUCGAGUUUUACAUCGUGAUUUAAAGCCACAAAAUUUACUCAUUGAUAAUAAAGGAGGAAUCAAAGUUGCUGAUUUUGGAUUGGGAAGAGCUUUUGGAAUACCAGUACGUGUUUACACUCAUGAAGUAGUCACUCUAUGGUAUAGAGCUCCAGAAAUUCUUCUUGGAACUACUAGAUACACAUGUGCCAUUGAUGUUUGGAGUAUCGGAUGUAUAUUUGCUGAAAUGUCAACAAAGAAACCAUUGUUCCAAGGGGACAGUGAAAUAGAUCAACUUUUCCGAAUUUUCCGUGUUUUGAAAACUCCAACAGAAGAAAACUGGCCUGGAGUUACUCAGCUUUCUGAUUACAAAGCAACUUUUCCUAAUUGGACAUCUAACAACUUGGCUAAUCAUGUAUCAACCCUUGAUGAACAGGGCUUAAAUUUACUUCAAGCAAUGUUAAUAUAUAAUCCAGAACGUAGAAUUUCAGCGCGUUCUAUAUUACAACAUCCUUAUUUCGAUGGUUUCGACUCCAAAAAAUCUUGUGUAUAA